AUUCGAAACUGAGGUUACUCUCAACGCGCGGUGAUUUCAACAUUGCUCCGUUUAGCUUUACUACAAUUGUUGGGAUCAAAGAUCAAAUUACAAAGCAACAACAGAGCCAAAGUGCACACUACAAAACAGAGAACGCUAAAUUAAUGGAUGACUUAUAUAUGAAAAAAACUUGAUACUCAUGCAAACCAACCAACCCACGGCAAUUGAAAUACGGAAUGACCGCCUCUAAUCAAGCCGUUCAAGGUCGCUGAAACGAAAGGGCGGACACAUUUCAAAAGGACCUAACGUUUAAACCGUGCCAGGUUAGCGAACAGAUUCACGUCAAUGCCAAACAUAAAAGUGUUUUCUGGCAGCUCAAAUCGAGACCUGGCUCAAAAGAUAGCCGACCGUAUUGGCUGUCGAUUAGGCAAAGUUACUUCUAAAAAGUUCAGUAAUCAGGAGACAAGUGUUGAGGUUGAGGAGUCAGUCCGCGGGGAAGACGUCUAUAUAAUACAAACUGGUGGUGGAGAAGUCAAUGACAACCUUAUGGAACUACUCAUAAUGAUUAGCGCCUGUAAGAUCGCUUCAAGUUCCCGAGUGUCCGCAGUCAUCCCCUGUUUCCCAUACGCAAGGCAAGACAAAAAGGAUAAAUCACGCGCUCCUAUCUCUGCAAAAUUAGUAGCUAAUAUGCUGUCAGUUGCCGGAGCUGAUCAUAUCAUAACAAUGGACUUACAUGCCAGUCAAAUCCAAGGAUUUUUCGAUAUCCCUGUUGAUAAUUUGUAUGCUGAGCCUGCAGUCAUCAAAUGGGUCAAAACAAAUAUACCAGAAUGGAAAGAUUGUUGUAUUGUUAGUCCAGAUGCUGGUGGCGCUAAAAGAGUAACUUCAAUCGCAGAUCAGUUAAAUGUUGAUUUUGCCUUGAUUCACAAAGAACGGAAACGUGCAAACGAAGUGGAUCGUAUGGUUCUUGUUGGAGAUGUUAAUAACCGUGUCGCUAUCCUGGUUGAUGAUAUGGCAGAUACAUGUGGAACGAUAUGCACUGCGGCAGACAAAUUGAUUGAAGCUGGCGCUGAGCGUGUUUACGCUAUCUGCACUCAUGGUAUAUUUUCAGGCCCAGCUUUGGAGCGAAUUAAUAAGUCAGCUUUCGAAGCUGUUGUUGUAACAAAUACUUUGCCACAAGAAGAAAAUAUGCGGAAAGCUCCCAAAAUUCAGUGUAUUGAUGUAAGCACUAUGUUGGCUGAAGCUAUCCGUCGAACACAUAAUGGUGAAUCUGUCUCCUAUCUAUUUAAUCAUGUCCCUUUGUAACAACAACAAUAAUAAUUCUGAAUCAAUCACCUCCCAAAUGACAAAAUAAGUGACAAGCUAGAAAAGAUUGUUUUCUUUAUCACUAUCCACUUUAUAUUUGUAUUUUCAGCAUGUUAAGAUUUUUUUUCCUUUUAAAGACUUAUAUAUUUUCUAGUCUUGUUCCAUUUAAUCUAAUGUAUUUUGUUCAUCGAACUAUUCCAUAUUGAAAUAUCUUUAUUCAUCAUUAAAUGCAUCGAAUAUCUUUUUUUUUGUAGCAGAAAAUAAUUGAUUUACCUUUAACGUAAUUAGUUUUGAUUUAGUUUGGUUUGAUUGUUUGUUUUUAUUCUCUUUUUUUCUUUUUAGAGAAUCCAAUAGUCUUCUUUUAGUCCUUUGUAAUAUAUUCUGUUGUUCGUCUAUGUAAUUAGUAUUAUUACUUGUAAUUUGUCGAAAACAUAACCCUGUAAUCCUGAAUAGAUCAGCGACUGGAGACAACAAACUAUUGUGAACAGCUGACUGAAUUGUAUUAAGUUUUUGAUUGAGAUCAUGAACCGGUUGAUGUUAGACCACCAUUAAAAACCUGGAAGCACUGGACGGUCGUUUCAUCUUAUUGUGAGACAUGACCAGUGGAGCUAAUGUGUGUCAAGUAGAGACAGGUAUGUACCUCAGUACAAUGGGAUAUGGUCGCGCGAUUUCUUAGAUUGGCUGAGGUUAGACAUUAAUACCGUUGAAUACCGGCCAUCUCAGAGGUCUAGAGGUUAAGCGUUUGCGUGCGAGACCGAAGGCCCUGGGUUAGAAUCCCGUGAGCGAGAGAAGUCUCACAGUGCCUCCAGGUUUUCAAUGGUGAUCUAACAUCAAUUGGUUUAUGAUCUCAAUCAAAAACUUAAUAAUCUCCAUAAUCCCAUACUGAUGAAUCGUAUUAUAUUCGAGAUUGAUGAGCAGUAAUAUGCAAAGGUUUUUCUGACCAUUAGAAGCACUGUAACAUCUAUGAUUGCUGUCAUGUAGCCCAAUCCUCUUUAAGAAUAUACAUUCUUGUUUUGCUUUUACAUACGUUUUCAAGGCAAUGGGUUCCUUAUGAAGGUUAUAUAACUGGCACUAAAUAUUCCCGAUAUUUUUCCGGUGAAUUUCAG